UCAUGCGAACAAAAGAUUGAAAACAUCUGUGAAGCUUAGCCGUGUCAUGGCCACUGCAAAGAUUCGUUAUGCGUUGAUGUGAUUAUUAUGUUACAUCGCCUUAACAGAUAACGACAGAAAUCAGUUACAACAGCAAGCCGACAGUCACGCGUAGAAUGUCUAUGGAAAAAUCUGUGCUUCGAACAGCGCUGACUUUUGGAGUUACUCGUCGCUUUUUGGUACCCAAGUGUUUCAUUUUGUAUUCUGCCUGUGUUCAAGUGUACACUUCAGCCACCGGUGCAGCGCCAAAUCAAGGUUCUCCGGCUUUUUUGCGAGCGUCUGUAAGCCCCUCUCCAUCUGUAAAAUCCAUUGCGAGAACUACAAGACUUGUUGUGGAAACAACGGCAUUGAAGAUGUUUAAUUCAACAAAUAUGAGUUUAAUGAACAUGCCGAAACCUUCCAGUGAAGUUCUAGUCUCAAGCAGACAGACAACAGUGGUUAUUGAAUCGUCCAUUAGGACUAAUACAAACUUUAGAGGCAAUGGCGAGCCAACAAACAGAGUACGCGUUGAACAUGCUGAUGAGGACAAGAGCGUCGUAUUCUACAGAAAGAUUGGCGGUUGGAUAACCCUGGGCAUUGUAUCUACCACCCUUUUGUUUCUCAUAAUCACUCAUUUUAGCUCUAUAUAUCACGUCAAUCAGAGAGGACGGAUACCGGAUCCAUACUGUUCCGUGUCUCAAAAAUCACAGGAUAUUUGAAUGGUUGGGCUCAUCGUCGACGUGCAACUGAUCGGCUGCAGGCGGCAAGCGUAUGGGACUGGUGCUAAUAUCUCACAAACACAGAACUUUUGUAAGAAUCCAGUCGAAACAAUUCUUGAAGUGGUGGACAUGUCGAGUUAUUCGCUAGGAUGUAGAAUGAUCACUUUCGACGAAGAAUUGAGUCAAGAAGUAUAUUAGACAUUUGCGUUUGGGGAGUGUAUUACUUACGAUCGAAAAGUUACACCUCUGUUGAAAAAUAGGAACUUUUAGAGUUAGGGUUCUAUUUUAUUUCAUUUAUUUAUUCAUUUACAAAAUUUAAACAGACUGGCUCAAUUCAGCUUCAGAGCUGGUUUCAAUAAGGGCCUGUAUAAAACAACAAGGCCAGACCACAACACCGGGAGCUAUGUUCCACACGCUUUGCGAGAAGUGCAAGGGAUCCUUAACGUACCCUGCUAACCAGUACAGAGAAUAUGCAAGCGUCGGGGCCCAUGAUAUAUCGUCCUUAUCUGAGAAGACUAGAAUUUCUAACCAUUUUCGAGGCUAAAACCCUCGACUUCCUGCAUUGUAGUCAGGUGUUCUACAACACGAGCUAACGAAACCACUGAAAUUAAAAUAAAGAUAAUCUGAUA